CUUUUCCAUCAUCUCCUCCUCCUCAUUCUCAUCUCUCUCUCUUCAACACGUCUUCCUGUUUUUUCAUAACACUUUCUUUGUUUCCUCUUUCUCUUUUCUCUUUUCUUUUUUUAUCUUUUAAUUAUUAAUUAUAAAACAAAACUUGUUUUUGUUCUUUUUGUCUUCCUACAUUUUAAAUUUCGAUUAUCGUCUCGAUUUUUGUUUUACUUGCAUCUGCAAUUGAGUUUCUGGUCAAUGCGGCUCGAUUUCUUCUAAAAAUUAGGGUUUCCAUUUUCGAUUAUCAUUUCAAGAUUUGGGGGCUAUGGUUGCAAGUAAUGUAGUUAAUGAAACUGUUUUUUGUUUUUUAGUUUUCUGAUAAUAACUUUACCCUCAUUUUGGGUAUUCGAUUGGGUUUUUUUUAUUCUCAUUUUUGGGUAUUCUUUUCAAUUUGAUGUUAAUAAAUUGCUCAUAUUUCAAUAUUUGAUUAUCAAUUUGGUAUAAGAUCGAUUAUAGUGGAGAUCUUUUGACCUGUGAGCGUGAUAAUUUGGUAAAUCUAUUGAUUAUCGUCAAAUUGACCCCAAAUCUGGGUUAAAAAAAGCUAAAAAUCUGCGUCGAGAACCGCUGGAUUGAGCUAUUGCUGUGAGGUUUAUUGAAGAGAGAUUGAAGAUGGACCAUGUGAUUGGGGGCAAGUUUAAGCUUGGGAGGAAGAUUGGGAGUGGCUCUUUUGGAGAACUCUAUUUAGGUGUCAAUAUUCAAACUGGAGAAGAAAUUGCUGUUAAACUGGAACCUGUGAAGACCAAGCAUCCACAGCUUCAUUAUGAGUCAAAAUUGUACAUGCUUCUUCAAGGAGGAACGGGAAUUCCCCACCUCAAGUGGUUUGGAGUUGAGGGGGACUACAAUAUCAUGGUUAUUGACCUGCUUGGCCCGAGUUUGGAAGAUCUGUUCAACUAUUGCAAUAGGAAGUUCACUUUGAAAACAGUGUUGAUGCUUGCUGAUCAAUUGAUUAAUAGAGUGGAAUACAUGCAUUCAAGAGGUUUUCUUCACCGUGAUAUAAAGCCUGACAACUUCUUAAUGGGCCUAGGCCGCAAAGCGAAUCAGGUUUAUAUCAUUGACUAUGGCCUUGCGAAAAAGUAUAGGGAUCUUCAGACUCACAAGCACAUCCCAUACAGGGAAAAUAAGAAUCUCACUGGCACAGCUCGCUAUGCAAGUGUCAACACUCACCUUGGUGUUGAGCAAAGCCGAAGGGAUGAUUUGGAGUCCCUUGGUUAUGUCCUUAUGUAUUUCCUUAGAGGAAGUCUUCCUUGGCAAGGACUAAAAGCUGGCACUAAAAAGCAAAAAUACGAUAAGAUCAGUGAAAAGAAGGUGUCAACUCCGAUAGAGGUGCUUUGUAAAUCAUACCCAUCUGAGUUUGUUUCAUACUUUCACUACUGUCGGUCAUUGCGGUUUGAGGACAAACCAGAUUAUUCAUAUUUGAAGAGGCUUUUCCGAGACUUAUUUAUUCGAGAAGGGUUUCAGUUUGACUAUGUAUUUGAUUGGACUGUAUUAAAGUACCCUCAGAUUGGUUCCAGCUCUAGAGGAAGGCAUAUCAGUGGGAAGGCAGCUGUAGCUCCAGGACCGUCUGCAGAAAAACCAGAAAGGAUAUCAGUUGGGAAAGAGAUCCGAGACAGAUUCUCUGGUGCAGUUGAAGCAUUUUCCAGAAAAAAUACAUCUGGUACUCCUCACCGUGAACAUACAAGACACAAGACAUCAGAGGACAUACCUUCAUCCAAGCAUGUGAAUCCUGAUACUGAUAAAGUACGAAGUUCCUCUCGAUAUGGGAGCACUUCAAGAAAGGCUAUCAUCUCAAGCAGUAAGCCAAGUUCAUCUGGUGAAUUCAGUGAGUCCCGCUCUAGCCGAUUAGUCUCAAGCAGUGGUCGAUUGUCAACCACGCAAAGGACCCAACCUGGAUAUGAGUCCAGACAAUCUUCUUUCUCCCGUACUGCAGGCGGUAGAAGCAACCGUGAUGAUCCACUUCGGAGUUUUGAGAUGCUCUCAAUCAGGAAAUGAUGAGUAAAUGAUUGUGAGAAGAUAUUGCAUAAGCAUGUAUGAGUACUCUUCCAAGUGAAGAAAUCAAAUCUUACGGGUUAUAUUCUCACUUUUGUACAUGGGAUAUUACCUAAUCAAUGCCAUAACAUUUUCAUUCAUACCACUUUUCCUACUUCCCCUUUCCUUCUUUCGUUCAAUUUUUAUUUUUUGGCACCCGGGAGCUUCAGGCAGGCCAUUGUAACGUGUUCUAGACAAAUCUAUGAAAGAGGAAUUUCUGUAAUGGAAUUUUAUUUAUAAAUGAGACUUGAGUAGUUGUAAUAAAUACUGUUUUUUAUA